GUUGUCCAUAAAGGCUCUGACUGACUGACUCAUCCUUCGCUCUGGUUGGCUAGAGGACAUGCUGCCCACACCCUGGAUUUCCCAUUUAAUUCAAAGCUAGACAAUCACAGAUGUUUCUGCUGGAAUCGCCACUACAUCAAGAAGAAGAUGGUACUAACUAUCGAUGAUAUGAGCUUUGGUGUUGGGCAAAACCUGACCAUUGCCGGCAAAGUCAAAUCUGACUGCAAUUCUUUCUCCAUCAACAUCGGCCACGGGCCCGACUCCAUAGCCCUGCACUUCAACCCCCGCUUCAAGUACAAUAAGGAUCGUAAGGUCAUUGUGUGCAACUCUUACCUGGGAAGCUGGGGGGUUGAGCAGAAAGAACGGGACUUCCCCUUCAACCAGGAUGGCGACUUCAAGGUGGAGUUCAGCUUCAGCAACGAUCGCUUCCUUAUCAAACUCCCCAACGGUAACAUGAUCGAUUUUCCAAACCGUUCAGGAGAUGACAAAUUCAAGCACCUCCACGUGAAGGGUGCCGUCAAGCUCCACACCAUCGAGUUCCGUUAUACCCCGCCUCAGUGUGCUCUCACUGGAUGGGGGAUUAGUUGCACACACCUCCUAGUUUUUUUGCAUCAUUAUAAAGGAAAAUCACAAGUUCAAAGUGCAUCCCAUUCUACCGGAACCCUCAACCACAUCACCGACAAGAUGGUACUCACUGUUAAAGACAUGACGUUCAAGGCAGGCCAGGAGCUGUCAAUCUCUGGCAAAGUCAAGUCUGGCUGUGAAAAAUUUUCCAUCAAUAUUGGUCAUGACGCGGACAACAUCGCACUGCACUUCAACCCCCGCUUCUGCUACAAUGGGGACACGAACAUCAUCGUGUGCAACUCCAACCAGGGCGGCUGGGGAGAAGAAGUGAGGGAACACGGUUUCCCAUUCCAGCACGACGAGGCGUUCAAGGUGACCAUCAAUUUCAACAAUGAGCAGUUUUAUAUCAAACUGCCCAACGGAACAAUGAUGAGCUUUCCUAACCGUCAUGGCGACGAUGCUUUCAAUCACUUUGACGUGCGUGGUGAUGUCAAGGUUGAGGGAAUCAAGAUGAAAUAA